GGCCGGGCGGGAAAGUCUUCUGACGGCAGUGGGGCCCGGCAGCGGCCGCCGGGGCCACGGAAGAUGGUGCUCGAGUCGGUGGUCGUGGACGUGCUGAACCGGUUUCUAGGGGACUAUGUGGUCAACCUGGACAGUUCCCAGCUCACUCUGGGCAUCUGGGGAGGUGAUGUAUCACUUAAGAACCUUGAAAUUAAAGAAAAUGCAUUGAGCCAAUUGGAUGUGCCUUUUAAAGUUAAAGCUGGACAUAUACACAAACUUAACUUGGCAAUUCCAUGGACAAACCUUUAUACUCAACCCGUUGAGGCAGUUUUGGAAGGAAUUUAUUUGCUCAUUGUGCCCACAGCCAGCAUAAAAUAUGAUGCUGAAAAAGAAGAGAAACAAAUCCUAGAAGCAAGGCAAAGGGAACUAAGGAGAAUAGAAGAAACAAAACAGAAAAUGGCUGAUACACAAAAUCCACAAGAGAAACAGGAUACUUUUUUUGAAAAAUUAGUCACUAAAAUCAUCAAAAAUCUUCAGGUUAAGAUCUCCAGCAUUCACAUCCGCUAUGAAGAUGAUAUUACCAGUCAUGAAAAUCCGCUGUCAUUUGGAAUUUCCCUGGAAAAUCUCAGUUUGCAGACAGCAGAUCAAUACUGGAAUCCAUGUCUAUAUGAUGAAGAUGCCAAGUUGUUCUAUAAGCUCAUCCGACUGGAUAACUUUUGUGCCUAUUGGAAUGUAAAGUCACAGUUGUUUUACCAUGGUGAUUAUCAUGAUUCUUUGAGAAUGUUAGAGGAUGGCAUUGCCAGCAAAAACGUGACUCCAGAAGGCUAUAAUUUUGUAUUUCGUCCUAUAUCAGCCAAAGCCAAACUUAAAAUGAAUCCGCGAGCUGAGCCUGAUUUUUCUUCACCAAAGAUGGAUUUGGAUGUUAAACUAGAUGAUAUAGCCAUUGAAUUGAAUAAGCCACAGUACUUCAGUGUCAUGGAGCUCCUUGAAUCUAUUGAUAUGAUGACUCAAAAUCUACCAUAUAGGAAAUACAGACCUGAUGAACCCGUGCACAAUCAUGCCAAGAAAUGGUGGGGAUAUGCCAUAAGAGGUAUUCUUGAAGUAAAUAUCCGGCCUUCCAUGCGCAUGUGGUCGUGGAAGUACAUUAAACAGCACAGACUAAAAGUGAAGAGGUACAAACACCUGUAUAAGAAAAAAAUAUCAAGCAAAAAGCCAGGUGCAGAAAUUCUAAUCCCUUUGGAGGAAUUUGAAAAGACUUUGGAUGUUUUCAACAUUACUUUGGCAAGGCAACAAGCAGAAGUUGAGGUAAAGAAAUCCGGAUUCGGGGUACACAAACUUGUUUCAGAAUUUUCAGAUGAAAGUUCCAAAGGCUGGUUCAGUUGGAUAUGGGAUUGGUCAGGUCCUUCUGAGGCAAGACCAGAAGUUAGAUCUGGAAGUCUUGAGGAAUUGAUGACACCUGAAGAAAAGGCUAAAUUAUAUGCCGCAAUUGGGUAUAGUGAAACAGCUGUUGACCCUUCAUUGCCAAAAUCAUACCAAUCCAUGAAGUUAGUUGUCACCUUGCAAAGCAUGUCCAUUUGUAUACGGGAAAAGCCGAAGAAACCUGAGUUGAUAAGAUUUGUACUAGGAAAAAUGAACACGGAAGUAGUACAGCGGCCAGGAGCCCAAUCAAUCAGAUUUGGAGCCAUAAUUGACUCAUUUAAAGUUACUGGCCGGUCAAAUAAAAAUGAAUGCCCACUUUUACUUUCUUCAAUGGGAGAAUCGUCUUCCCUCUUGACAAUUUUAUUUGAGACCAAUCCGUUAGAUGGAACCUGCGAUCAGAAGUGUAUAGUGGAAGCUCAGCCUAUGGAAAUUAUAUAUGAUGCAAUGACAGUGAACAGUUUAAUGGAAUUUUUCCGACCCCCUGAAAAAGUACAUUUCUCCCAGUUAACUUCAGUGACUCUGAUGAAGCUUGAAGAAUUUCGUGAGAAGACUGCAGCAGGAGUGUUGUACGUCAUUGAAACUCAGAAAGUUCUUGAUCUCAGAAUUAAUAUGAAGGCUUCAUACAUUAUUAUCCCACAGUAUGGCUCCUUAAGACAAGGUUCAUCAAAUAUACUUCUCUUGGAUCUUGGUCAUCUAAAGAUGAUAAGCAAAAGUCGCUCCGAAUUGUCAGACAUCCGAACAGGCUGGACCAAUAUUGAAGAAAUCAUGUCUAGAGCUUAUGAUACUUUUGACAUUCAGCUGAGUAGCGUACAGCUACUUUAUAGCAAAGUUGGUGAAAACUGGAAGGAGGCUCGAAAGCUCACCCAUUCUUCUCAGCAUAUUUUGGAUCCUAUGCACCUCAAGGUGGAAUUCUGCAAGGCCAUGAUUGUCACUGAUGCGAGAAUGCCCAAAUUCAAACUUUGUGGUCAGCUACCUCUGCUUUCUCUGCGAAUCUCAGACAAAAAAUUGAGAGGGAUUUUGGAAUUAAUUGAAAGUAUUCCAAGAUUCUCAAGCCUUCAUGGUGCUUCUACCCAGCAAAGAUUUUCUCAAGUUCAAAUGACCCCUCCACUUGCAGCAACACAGGUAUCCCAAAGAGGACUUCCUUGCUUGGAACUUUCUAAAAUUAUGGAAUCUGAUGAGGAGGAAUUUUUCGAUGCACCAACCAGUCCAGUGAAUGAGUCACCGAAAAGUGAGGCCUUUCCUUUGUUCUCCACCCAGAAAUGUGGUAUUAGUCAUGGAAAAUUUCAGAGGAAAGAGUCCAUGAAGAACCUCACUGAAUUUAAAAUAAGAUUUGAGUUGCCUGAGGUUAUAAUUCAGUUGUGCCAAUUUACCAUAGAAGACUUUGAACAGCCUGUGAUGGAGUUGAAUAUCAUUGGAUUAGGCACAGAAAUUCAAUUUAAAACAUUUGAUAUGAGCAUAUCUGCAUUUCUGAAGGAAAUCUGCCUAAAAUGUCCAGAGUACCUAGAUGAAGAAAACAAGACAGUUCAUAUCAUUACAACGUUAGACAACACCAUAGAUGAUCUGCUGACAAUGGAAUAUGUGAAAACCGAUAUUUCUGGAGCUAGGCAUGCCUCAGCCUAUAGCAAUAUUGAACAGAAGUUAAAGGUGAAUUUCUCCUCCUUGGAUGUACAUUUGCACACUGAAGCACUACUUAAUACCAUGAAUUAUUUAAGUAAUCUCCUUCCACAAGUGGAAAAAAAAGCAUUCAUGGAAGAUCAAAUAGUAGAAAGUGCAGAAAAAAUGGAAAUACUUAAAAAAAUAGCAUCAAAAAAGUACAAGCAUGAAGAUAUCAUACAUUUUCAGGUUUUUGCAGAACUGGAAAGUUUACGUUUCUUUAUUCGAGAGCAAAAGCGCAAAAUUUCCGAAAUUAAGAUUGAAGGGCUUGAUUCACAGGUGAUUAUGAGACAGUCAGCAACUGAAAUAAAAGCAAAACUAAAGAACAUCACUAUCUUGGAUUCUGAUGAAAUGGCCGUAUAUAAGAAGGCUGUUUAUAUCACUGGGAGAGAAGUCUUUACCUUUCAUCUGAUUUCGUAUGUGGGUGCUACUGCUGGUGCUGCAUAUACAAAUAUGAACAUAGUUGACAGUCACAUUUAUCUAACUGUUGGUUGCAUUCAAGUGGUUUUUGUCAACAAAUUUCUUUCUUCAGUGUUGGCUUUUGUUGACAACUUUCAAGCUGCUAAAAAAGCCGUGACGGAAGCAACUGUUCAGGCAGCAGGAAAAGCUGCCACAGGUGUAAAGGAACUGGCCCAGAGAAGUUACCGGAUGGCAUUAGAUAUCAAUGUCAAGGCACCCAUUGUGGUCAUUCCACAGUCACCAGUGUCCCAAAAUGUUCUGGUGGUUGAUUUUGGUCUGAUCACAAUAAAGAACAAAUUCUACAUGUCGUCAAAGAUGAAGUAUAACCCUCCACCUAUUAUUGAUUUUAUAAUGAUAAAACUGAGUGAAAUGAAACUUUACAGGUCCCAAUUUAUAAGCAAUUCAUUGCAGGAGGUACUUGAGCUUCUGCAGCCCUUAAAUCUAGAAGUUGAUGUUGAGCGAAACUUAUCCUCUGAGUGGUACCAUGAUGUUCCAGACAUUAAAAUAACUGGGAACCUUAAACCUAUGCAGUUAAUUCUCAGCCAAGAAGACAUAACCACUGUCUUAAGGACACUGCAUGAAAAUGUUUGGGACAGUUAUGUUGACGAUGACUCUUCAUCUGUAUUCAAAGAUCAAACUAGCCCUACUGGUUUUGCUAAGAAUGUCACACAGCGGUCAAAAACAACUGUAGUGACAGCUGCUGUAGUGGAAGUUCAUCCAAAACAGGAAAAGGCUAAGACUACACUGAGCAUGAACUUCAGGAUUGACUCCCUCACUCUGAUACUGUAUAGUGGAACUACUGAAGAGUUUUUCCCUUUACAAAAGCGGAAUGCUCUACUGAUACUUGCAGAAUUUAAAUUGGAUCAGAUUUUAUCCACUGUCCGCCUCUCAACAGACAGCUCGAUAUUUGCUUCAUUUAUUUUAAAAAACUGUGGUUUGGAAGAUAAACGGGUGCAUGUGCAGAAGGCAACACCGAGAAUGAUGGGAAUGACGAUUGGGUAUGAAACAAAAGACAUGGUGGAUGUAACUUAUAAACAUAACAGAGAUGGAGCUGUCAUCGAUGCAGUUAUUCAAGAAAUAUAUCUCUGUGCUAGUGUGGAAUUUCUGCAGACUGUUGCAGAUAUAUUUUUGCAGGCCAAUGAGAAAAGUGCCGCUGCACGGAGACUCAUACAAUCCUUGCCCACUAAAGACCAAGGGUCUAUUCAAGUGGUCCCGAAACUUGAUAUUAAUGUUAUGGUUCGAAAUCCUGAAAUCAUAUUUGUGGCUGAUUUAACCAGAAGUGACGCUCCUUCGUUAGUAGUUACUACACAGUGUGAGCUCUCCGUGAGAAACACUCCAGAAGUGCAAAAAAUUACUGCUAUCAUUAAAGCUCUUCAAGUACAAGCUUGUCCAUUUCUUCAAGGAGAAAAAGAUGGCAACAUCACUACUGUUUUGCAGCCCUGUGACUUUUUUUUUCAAAAUAUUCAGGCAGGUACCGAUCCGCAAGUGAUUGAUAUGUCUAUAAAGUCCUUGACUCUAAAGGUUUCACCAAUCAUCAUAAAUACCGUGAUUACCAUUACAGAAGCCCUUUACCCAGAUUCCAACACUUUAGAGAAAGCGGCAAGUUCAACUCGACUAAAUUUGUGGGAAAAGAUGGAUACAAAGAAACUAAAAAUGUGGUUUCUGGAGGAGUCAAACGAAAGUGACGUGGCUGAAACUGUACCUGAAUUGAUUCCCAAAGGAGAAAUGAUGAAAGUGACCGUUGAGUCUGUUUUCAUAGUUCUUGAAGCUGGAAUCGGUCAUAGAACUGUGCCUAUGCUUUUGGCUAAGUCAUCUUUAUUGGGGCAAGCCAAAAACUUUCGUAGUCUGAUCCACUUCCACUGUAAACUUCAACUAGAGGUGCAUUACUUCAAUGAGAUGUUUGGUGUAUGGGAACCUCUGCUUGAACCUGUAGAAAUCGAAGAUACUGAAGAUUUCAGGCCAUGGAAUCUUGGAAUCAAGAUGAAGAAGAAAUCUAAAAGGGCCAUUGUUGAUUCAGAUUCUGAGGAAGAAAACUACAAGGUGCCAGAAUAUAAAACGAGCAUUACUUUCUUUUCAAAGGACCAACUGAACAUUACUUUGUCUAAAUGUGGCCUUAUCAUGAUGAAUAAUUUAGGCCAGGCAUUUGCAAACGCCGCCAGUGGAUCUAAAGAUAUUUACACCAAAGAUCAGGCCCCAUUUAUAGUUAUAAAUUCUCUGGGACUCACCAUCUCGAUCUCGACAAGUGAUCACUUUCAAAUUGUUGGUGCACCUAGGGUAAAAGCAUUCGAAUUGAAAAAUGAAGAGACUAUAGAUCUGGAUUACGUCAGAAGUAGUGACAGUGAUCAGUUCACUGCAAUGACCAGUUUAAGCAGCAAACUCUUCUUCAUUCUGAUCACUCCUUAUAACCACUCUACAGCUGACAGAAUUCCACUAACCAAAGUAGGUCGAUUUCUCUACACUGUCCGACACAGAGAGUCUGGUGUUGAACGGUCUGUUGUUUGCCAAAUUGACACAGUGGAAGGGAGUAAAAUGGUGACAAUGCGCUCCCCUUUACAGAUUAGAAAUCAUUUUUCAAUUCCACUGAAUAUUUUUGAAGAGGACACAUUCCUCGGAACUGCUUUACCAGACAACGAAUUUAAUAUUCCAUUGACGGCUUACCGAUCAGUACUUUUUUUGAAACCAGGUGGUGAGAAUUACGAAAAGUGUGAAGCAAUUACCUUUGAAGAAAUUAUAAAUAAUUCUGGAGUCCUCAUACAGAAGAAAUGUCAAAUUCUGCACGAAGAAAACACAUCAUUUAUCAUUAACGUUGUUUCAGUAGAAGAUAGCUUAUCCUCACUUUCAGUGUAUUCUAAUGAUGGAUGGGAUUUACCCUAUGUGAUCCAUUUAUGGCCUCCCAUUCUUCUCCGCAACCUCCUGCCUUACGAAAUGGCUUACUCCCUUGAGGGAUCUGGUCAUGAUCUUCUAAAUCUAGAGGAGGGCUGUUCAGCCCAACUUUAUACUGCAGAGUUGGAUCAAGCCAGGAUACACUUGGAGUUACUUGACUAUCUUGAUCGUGAUUGGAAAAGUGACUACGAAGUAAAGUCUGAGCAAAGCGACAUUAGCUUCAUCACCUUCACCAGCAUCACUGAGCUAGAAACGACAGAAUUGGACAUCGCCAUCCAUAUAACCUACAACACUGGGCAAACAGUCGUUGCCUUUCACAGCCCCUAUUGGAUGGUGAAUAAAACAGGCCGAUUACUGCAGUACAAAGCUGAUGGCAUUCAUCGGAAACACCCCCCUGAUUACAGGAAGCCAAUUCUUUUUUCUUUUCAACCGAAGAACUUUUUCAAUAAUAACAAGGUGCAGCUUCUGGUCACAGAUAGUGAUUUGUCAGAUCCAUUUUCAAUUGACACAGUUGGCAGUCACGGAUCUGUUAAAUGUAGAAAACAGAAGAUAGAAUACCAAGUUGGUAUCACCAUAGACCUCAGUAGUUUCAACCUUACGAGAAUUGUAACAUUCACCCCUUUCUUUAUGAUCACAAACAAAAGUAAUUAUCAGGUAAAGGUGUCUGAAGAGGGCAGUGGAAAAUGGAUGGAUGUUGGUUUGGAGCAGUGCAUCCCCUUCUGGCCUGCCAGUGCUGCCAACAAAUUGCUUAUUCAAGUUGAAAAUAGUGAAGGACUCAUAAAGAAAUUGAAUUUUACUAAGCAGGAAAAUUGUAUUCUAUUACACCUGGGCAACAAGCUUGGCGGCAUUAUUGUGGAUGUUAACGUGGCCGAGCACUCUACUGUAAUUACUUUUACAGUUUACCAUGAUGGAGCGGCACCAUUUCUCCUAAUAAAUCACACCAACAAUGAGGUGAUUGAAUAUAGGCAGAGUUCUCGCAGUGAGUUGGAAGAUUGUCUCCCCGCUGGCAAAGCAACAUUUUACACUUGGGCCGAUCCAGUGGGCUCUCGGAAACUUUACUGGAAAUGUGGAAAGAGCCAUGGUGAAGUAACCCAGAAGGAUGAUAUGAUGUCUCCUAUAAAUAUGGGUGACAAAAAGACCAUAUAUUUAGUGUCAUUCUUUGAAGGCUUACAGCGCAUUGUUCUUUUCACUGAAGAUCCUAAAGUCUUUAAAGUGGCAUAUGAAAGUGAAAAAGCAGAGAUAGCAGAGCAAGAAAUUGUAGUAGCAUUGCAAAAUGUUGGGAUUUCUCUGGUCAAUAACUAUAUGAAGCAAGAAGUGGCCUUUAUUGGCAUCACAAGCUCGGACAUCAUUUGGGAGAGCAAGCCCAAGAAAAAAUCGAGAUGGAAGCCAUUGAGUAUAAAACAAAAUGAGAAGCUGGAAAAAGAGUUUAGGGAUUACACUGAGCCAUCACCUUCUGAGGACAAGAUCAUUGAGUUGGAAGAAAAUAUUCCGGUUUAUUUAACACCUAGUGGUAGUAACAUGAAAAUUCUUCGGCCAAAUGUUAUACCACUAAGAAGAAACUACCUACCAGCCAUUAAAGUGGAAUAUAGUACUUCUGAACAUCAAAAAGCCUUCAGAGUGCAAAUUUUCAGGAUACAGAUUCAAAACCAGAUAAAUGGAGCUGUCUUUCCCUUUGUGUUUUUUCCUGUUAAACCUCCAAAGACAGUUGCCUUGGAUUCAGCUCCCAGGCCAUUUGCAGAGGUCAGUAUUGUCAUGAGAUCUGCAGGACAUUCCAAAAUUGCACGUAUUAAAUACUUCAAAAUGUUGAUCCAAGAAAUGGAUCUCAGAUUAGACCUUGGCUUUCUCUUUGCUCUGGCUGACCUUUUUACAGAAGCUGAGGUGACUGAAAAACUCGAGGUUGAGCUUUUCAGAAAGGACAUUGAGUUUUUCCAGGAAGAAUUCAAGACAAUCCAGUUAACAGACACCUCACAAGUCAGUCUGUAUGAAUACUUUCAUAUCUCUCCUAUCAAGUUGCAUUUCAGUGUUUCCUUCAGGUUGGGUGGAGAGGAAACCGUCAAAGAUGAAAGGCAGGGAAGACUGAUACCAGUGAAUUCUGUGAACAUCCUGUUGAAGAGUAUUGGUGCAACUCUUACAGAUGUACAAGAUGUAGUGUUCAAGCUGGCUUUCUUUGAACUUAACUAUCAGUUCCACACUAGCCCCCAAUUACAGUAUGAGGUUAUAAAGCACUAUUCUAAACAGGCCAUUAGACAAAUGUAUGUCCUUCUUCUUGGCCUCGAUGUAUUAGGAAAUCCAUAUGGGUUAAUUAGAGAUUUCUCUGAAGGAGUGGAAGCAUUCUUCUAUGAACCAUAUCAGGGAGCCAUCCAGGGUCCUGAAGAGUUUAUAGAGGGAAUGGCAAUAGGACUUAAGGCUCUAGUAGGGGGAGCUGUUGGUGGCCUUGCUGGGGCAGCAUCGAGAAUCACUAGUGCAAUGGCCAAAGGGGUAGCAGCAAUAACAAUGGAUGAAGACUACCAACAGAAGAGACGAGAAAACAUGAAUACAAAACCAGCUGGCAUCAGAGAAGGCAUCACUCGAGGAGGAAAAGGCUUAGUAACUGGCUUUGUAAGUGGCAUAACGGGAUUAGUGACAAAACCCGUCAAAGGAGCCCAGAAAGGAGGAGCAUCUGGUUUCUUCAAAGGUGUUGGAAAAGGCUUAGUAGGAGCAGUGGCAAGGCCGACUGGAGGACUUAUAGACAUGGCGAGUAGCACCUUUCAGGGAAUUAAAAGAGCUACAGAAAGUUAUGAGGAUGUGGAGAGUCUACGACCUCCUAGGUUCCUUGAUGAGGAUGGAGUUAUCAGACCAUUCAGGCUCAGAGAUGGUACUGGAAAUCAGAUAUUACAGAAAAUGGAGGAUGGAAGAUAUUCCAAUCUUAGAUACUUUACACAUUCCAUGGUCAAUAAUACAGAUUUAUUCAUGAUAACCAAAACCGGCGUGCUGUUUGUGACCGAAGGAUUGUUUGGGCAGCUGACUUGUGAGUGGCAGUACAGUUUUCAGGAGUUUACCAAAGAGCCUUUCAUUAUCCAAGACAGAAGAUUACGCAUCGAAGCCAAGGAACGAAUCAAGUCUGUAUUUCAUGCCAAAGAGGUUGGAAAAAUAGUUAAUUUCAAGACUUCAGAUGAUGCAAAGUGGGUCCUCGGCAAGCUGGAUGAAGUGAGAGAGCUUCAGUCUGAAUUGUAACCAUUGGCGGGUGGUGCCGGACUCUGGAGCACGUGGAAUCCACAGUGAACGCUUAGCUGCUGCUUUCUGCUGCUGGUUUGCUUGUCAAAGGUGCACCUUAGACUGUAAAAAUAGCAUCGCGUACCCUUCAAUUUGAUGGUUGCCGCCCACUGGGACGAUCAGUCGGACAGGUAGAAUAGCCAUGUAAUCAAAAUACUCGGCCAUUUCGCACCCGGUCGGGUUUUUUAAAAUGAUGAACCUGAGUAGGUAUAUCCUUUGUGAAUUAGUACAAAAGAUGAAGAUACCCUUCCUCUAGAAGAAUCCAGAAAGUUGGUGCUGGAACCAGCCUUCUCUACGCCAAGGAAUACUGGAGACGUUCGUCAAGGGACCACUCCUGCUGGAAGCAGAAGGCUUGUCUGGGACGAAGCCAGGCUCCUUCGAGCAGCCCGACCAGGGGGUGGGGCAGCACAGCGGAAGCCAGGCCUGGCCCAGCUGAUCUGGCAUCACCGUGGUAGCCCCCGAGGCGAAGCGGGAGCUGUUCCCUUCAGAGAUCUGGAGCCCGGCGACUCUGCGCUUUUUUUAAAUAACAGAAAUUGCAGGUUGAUUUUGUUUACUUUCGUUAUCAAUGGCAAUCUCAAAUCAUGGUGAAGUGUGGUGUCACGACGGUCUGUACUUACUUUUUUUUAUUAAGGGAACCCAUUGACACCUCAACUCAAGAUGGAGAUAAAUGAAUGAGAAAUGUGUCGCUUGAGAACAUAAGCAAAGUGGUUGGCUUCCCCAGGAAUGGCGAGGAGCUCUGACAGUGGUGGAGCCACACUAGAACUGUCCUCACAUAAACUCACUGGGUCCUUUGCUUUGGGUUGAUCUCAGUCAUGUUUUUAAUGGAAAUCCAACUGUACAUAUAACUUCUAGAAGCCUUACAGAUUCACUGUUCCCACUUUACUCCAGAGACUGGGAAUACGGAGGUGAUCAUUAAUGUGGAGGGUGCCAAGCACAUACCCCAAGACACAGGGCCAAUUGAAAUGGGUAGAAAAGUAAAUAGUUUUUAUUGAAAGUUGGUUUUUAUUGAAAGUCAUUAUUCAAGUGGAACUUGUCCCAGUCUCCUAUACUAGACUACUUCAGGUCACCUCUCCAAGCCUUGUGAUGAACUGAAAAAGAUAAUUUGGACUCAGUACUUGAAAGGAACCUGCAGUAAUUUGUUUUUAUUUCUUGGCCUCCCUCUAGAGAUUUUGCACCCUUGUCUGCUGCAGGAGCAACAGAGGGAUGGGAUACGUGGACAAGCAAGGGGAAACAUGAAGGGAAUUAUAGUGAUGCUUUGUGUCGAUGAAUUGAUUGCACAUGUAGUUGUUGAUGAGUAUGGGAUAUCUCUGGAUGCAUGCUGUCCAUGUCUGCUGCUUAAAGAAUCCUUCCCAAAGGCCACUGGAACGUGUAGAGUCAAUGGCUGUAAACUUCUCCUCGAGCUCUGAAAACCCUUGCUUUGUUGUAAAAGCUAAAAGUAAAUGGCAUGCCAAGCUGUCGGUGUAACUUUCUUUCCCUCUUUCUUUGACUUGGAUGAACCAGUCUAUUGUGCUGCUGCUUGGUAGUUGGCAAGGAAUGUCUUUUUUUCCUGCCAGGAUGACUGGCAAUCGGCUCAAGGGAUGACACCGAGGACCAAGCCCUGACUGCAAUUGGGGGUUGCUUCAAUUCCAGAAGCAGCUUCGGCCUGGGGCCCAGGCAGCUGCUUCUUGCCCGCGGGGCAUAGAACUCAUGUUCCCUCAGCCGACCUGAAGCGGGGGAGUCUGAAACUGGCUCUGGGUGCUAGUUAGCAAAGACACCUUGGGGAGUACCUGCCUCCUGCCCCUCCCAGCCUUCUGGAGCUGGACUGUCUCGCCCCUGUAGCAUCUUUUCCGGCGGGAAGGAAGUACACCCAGCUUGCCGGGACCCCGAGUAGAGAGGCAUGGGAAGCGUCACCGAGUGUUUCUGUGCCUGGCUCAGAGCCAGGCAGGAGCCGCCUGUCAACUUGCCCCCCUGACCCAAGCUCUUCACCGUCAGUUGACGGUUGCAAAUCCCAGUAGGUGGCCACGGUGAUGCCCUCUAUGGAGUAACCAUCUGAGGCACCAAAGCAAAUGACCAACUUGGGAAGCCAAAGCCACGGGGCACCCUUUACGAUUGAGAACUUAUUUCUUUUGAGGGUUGUAAGCCUUAUUGUGUUCUUGGUUUCCUUUGGAGAGCCUAGUUAGCGGUGCCUUCACAUCUUGGCUGCCCUGAAGUAAUCUCCCAACAGAGGGUGUGCUUCUCCAUUGACCCCAUUGCCAGCACAGAGAUGGCUGGGCUAGGUGAAAGUGCUCGUUGGUCUUUUCGGGUGUCCUACUGAACAUCCCAUAGAGGUUACUCCUCUUCUCUCCCCUAACCCUCAGAAUCUCAUCUGCUCUCCUUUUUGUUCAGCUGGAACCUGGACCUUUAUUGCAUUUCACUCAGGGCAGCUUCUGGCAGCCCCUUCAGAGGUGUUCUGGGGGAUGAGUAGACGGAUAUUGGUUCAGUUGGUUGUCAGCUCAAAACUGUUGUGGCUGUACAGUGGCCCAAGAAUGGGUUUAAUUCCAUUCAGGAUCAGUUCCUGGGCUGAGGCCCUGCUUCUGCGUACAAAUCGUAGAAAAGCAGCCAAGGGGGAAGUGAAUGUUUUAUGAUACCAUGGGUCAAAGAAGGAGACUUGAGUAUUUUAACGGUUGCCUUGUGGAUGGUUGUGAUUUUUACAAAGCUUCUUGUGUUGGCUUACAAGCUGGGGUGGCUCUCAAAAUCUUAGUGUGGUUUGGGGGCUUUUUAAAAUUAAAUUCUAUCAUUGUCUAUCUUAAUAUUUAUUACCUCCUCAAUAAGACUCUUCAUUUUGGACUUUGAUAUCGCUGCAUGUGCAUUUUAGAUAAGAGAAAUAGUUGAAGUGUUGACAAUGCAAAUAUUAAUUUCCUGGUGUUCUGAUCCCAUUAGUGUAAUCAGAGGCCCUUCCCCUAAAUCACAGGCUGGGGUGUCCUGCUUGGAAGAUUUAUUUUUCUUUUUGUCCUUUUCAUUGAAACUGUUCCCAUUUUCAAAGGACCUCUUCAGGGCGUUUGGAAUCCUUCUGCCUCCUUUUCCCAAUGAUCGAGCAUUUAGUCUGGGGCUUAAUUAAGCAUCAACACAUUUUGUAGUGGAUUUUUAAAAUUACCAAAUCUGUGUGUAUAUUGUAAAUUAUUGAGGAAAUGUGCAAUUAAAAAUGGGUACUGUCCAUUUAGAUAAUUGUUUUUCUCUCCUUUCUAUGUUUUGUAAUAGCCCUUCACUAGAUUCUCUAUACCUCUGCUAUGGGCCUCUGGCUCAGGUGCCUCUGCCCCGCAAAACAUUGAUUCUGCCUUUUCUCCUGUUUUAUUUCUUCUGGUGAAAUGAAAGUUUUUAACCUCAAAAAAUUUACAAGGUUCUUUAGCAUGAAAUAAAACAGACAUUUAUCCUAAAGAAUCAGCUGGCCAAUGAAGAGUCAUGUUUCCCCAUUCCCUAAAACAACGGUGUGUCCCUGGUUCUUUGAUUACUGAAUCCUUGUGGAUAUUUGGCAGUGUAAGUGUAACCACAAUUAUGUAUGCCCGCUUCAGAUGAAAUGAAUCAAAUAAAGCUUUUUGACUUCAAAUCUG